AUGCGAAGAUCGAAAAAUGUUGGAAAUUUCGAACCAGAUCCGGAAAUCGAGCGCACUUUUCGAGUUAGAAGGCAAGAAGCAAGGAAAAAGAAAGAGGAGGCCAAGAUGACUGAUAACAAUAAUGCAAACGAAAAUCUCCAUGUUAUUGUUCCUGAUGAGUCAUCCAUUCAGGAUCAUGAGACUCCUAAUCCUGCUAAUUGCAUGUACAAGACUCCCGCGAUUGGUGCAACUCAAUAUAACAUCAAUCCCAGUCUUAUUCAGAUGGUGAGCAAUUCAUCUUUUGAAGGAGACAUUGAGAGAGAGGAUCCGCACCGACAUCUAGAGAGCUUCGUGCAAAUGUGUGGUUCUUUCAGAAUCAAUGGGGUUACUGCUGAUCAAAUUCGUCUUCAUAUGUUCCCUUAUUCUAUAAAGGGAAAAGCUUUGGAAUGGUUUCAACAGCUUUCAGAUGCUACUCUGGCUACUUGGGAUAAUCUUUCUACUGAGUUCUUAUCCAAAUAUUAUCCUUCUAUCAAGACUCAACAGAUGAGAGCAAUUAUUCUUACUUUCAAGGCACAACCAAGUGAAGGUUUGUAUCAGGCAUGGGAGAGAUAUAAGGCAUUGUUGAGAAAGUGUCCACAUCAUUGUUACGAGGAGUGGAUGGUUCUGAGCACUUUCUAUGGAGCUCUAAAUUCUGAUAUUCGGCUGAGUUUGGAUGUUGCAGCUGGAGGAAAUUUUAAGAAAGCACCUGUUACUCAAGCUAAGGCACUUCUCGAGGAAUUAGCCUCAAAUAACUAUGCUUGGGCACCUAGUGGUACAAGCUCAGUGAAAUCAGCACAAGACACUGAGAUGAUGAACUUGCUCACUCUGAAAUUGGAUGCUCUUACUCAAGAAGUUCAUGGACAAAGGGCAAAUGUCAAUGCUAUUUCUACUCCAAUGGAAGGGUAUAAUGAUCCUGGUACUGAUCAGUACUUAUAUGCACAACAAUUUCCAGAGGAAGCAGCUUUCAUCCAAGGAAGACAAUCAUGGCCUGUUCAGAAUAAUUCUUAUUACAAUCCAAAUCAGAGGCCCAACAACAAUCUUUCUUACAACAACAAUCAUGCUGUUAAUCCAUCAUAUGCAGCACAGAAGCAACAACCUCCCGGUUUCCAACCACGUCAGCAGUAUCCAAAUCAACAACAGUUUCAACCUCCACCAAAGGACAAGAAAGAACCCGCUGAUUGGGAAAUUGCACUCAGUAAGAUGAUACAAGGGACGACUGGAGCUUUUGCCAAUAUGGAGACCAAAUUUGAAAAAGUGGAGUCAAUGCUUGAUCAGAUGGCUUCAUCACAAAAGAUGUUGGAAGUUCAAAUUGGGCAAAUUGCUAAUAAGGUUGGUGUUCGUGAGCAAGGAUCUCUACCUAGUCAACCAGAUUUGAAGGGUAAUGAGCAAUGCAAGGCUAUCACUUUGAGGAAUGGAAGAGAAUUGCCCGAAGUCGAGGCUGUCAAACGUAAUGAGAAGGCCCCUUCAAAGAAAGACGAGCUAGUUGAAUCUGAGGUUGAAGUUUCAGAAAAGGAAAAUGAUGAGCAGAAAGAAGAUGAAAUUGCACCAAAGGUACCAGUGAAACCAUAUGUUCCUCCAAUCCCUUUCCCACAAAGGCUGCAUAACAAGAAGUUGGAGAAACAAUAUAAAAAAUUCUUGCAAACCUUUCGACAAUUGCAUAUAAAUAUUCCUUUUGCUGAUGCCUUGGCACAAAUGCCAUUAUAUGCCAAAUUUUUGAAGGAGAUGUUGUCUAGAAAGCGGAAACUUGAAGAUGUGGAAACCAUUACUCUCAAUGCGGAGUGUAGUGCAGUCAUUCAAAAAUCAAUUCCGCAAAAGUUAAAAGAUCUCGGAAGCUUCUCUUUGCCAUGCACUAUUGGAAAGAUGGAGAAUAUUAAAGCCUUAUGUGAUUUGGGGGCUAGUGUAAGUUUGAUGCCAUACUCCAUUUGCAAGAGGCUUGGUCUUGGAGAGCUCAAGAAGACAAGAAUCUCACUUCAGUUGGCAGAUCGUCCAAUCAAGCAUCCUUUGGGAGUCAUAGAAGAUGUACUUGUCAAGGUCGAUAAAUUCUUUAUUCCUUGUGAUUUUGUGGUGUUGGAUAUGGAUGAAGAUGUGGAGAUGCCCAUAAUCUUGGGAAGGCCAUUUUUGGCUACUGCUAGAACCACGAUCGAUGUCAAAGCUGGGAAACUCACAUCGAAUGUUGGUGAUUAA